AUGUCCAAAGAGGGCAGAAAAAAAAGAGACACUAAAAUCACAUAUCACAGCAUGGAGGCAUUUUACGUGCCCUCAUUUGACAUGAACCCCUUCUUCUACUCCGCUGCCAAAUUUAUUAAGAAUGCCAUGAGCACCCUUGGAGGUAAGGUGCUUGUGCACUGUGUUAUGGGUUUGAGUCACUCAUCAACACUGAUGUUGGCGUAUUUGAUGAUUCAUGAAGACAUGACACUGGUGGAGGCCAUUAAAGCAGUUGCUGAACACAGAAAUAUCUGUCCAAACUUUGGAUUCAUGGAACAGAGAAUUUAUAUUAAUUCAAAUCAGAUACAGAAAUGCAACUAG